AUGCGAUUCUCGAAUAUCUUUAUCUCACUGGCCACGGCUGCUGGUCUUGUACCCAUCACCGUUGCGAGUAACCCCGAGGUUCCAGAUGGCACCUACUCAAUCACUCAUCAAGAGGACGGAUCAUAUCUCUGGAAGUCGUUGACAAACGCUACUAUGGAGCCAAUUACGACCUUUCCACAACGCAAUGGAAAGCCGAAAACCUAUAGCGCCAAAUUUCAGAAGCGCAGGACGGAUUGCUGGGGCCAAGAUCUUGACCACGCUGGUGUUGAUAAAUCAGCCAAUGACCUGCGCCGAUGGGCCCGCCAGCCAGGUGGAUUUAAUUGGGCGGCCACAUAUGCUGCGAGCUCAGUAGGAUCUGUCGUUAAUUUCGUCUUUGUCUACUAUUGUAUUACCACCCCCCAUACGAGUGGUAAUAUUGACGAAAACGAUGUCAAUUACGCACUUGCCCAGAUGGACGCAAAGUGCCCUUUGUACAGAGCAAGCUGGUUUGGAUGGGAUGGAAGCUCGGAGCUUAUAGGCAAAGCUUCAGUCAACGCAGAGAUUUGUACCGGACCAUUCUAA